GCACUUCUCUCUCUUUCUCUGCUCGAUUUCGAACUUUUUUCUGUGUCUCUAAUGGCUACUGCUGUUCUGAACCCUCCCGAGGUCGAGAAGAUCUCCAAGCUUCAAUCCGCAGUUGCAGGCCUCAAUCAGAUAAGUGAGAAGGAGAAGGUUGGAUUCAUCAAUCUUGUCACUCGUUAUCUCAGUGGUGAAGCUCAAUACAUUGAUUGGAACAAGAUUCAGACUCCGACUGAUGAAGUAGUUAUUCCAUACGACAGCCUAGUUCCUUCUCCUGAUGAUAUCUCGGAAACGAAGAAUCUCUUGGACAAACUUGUUGUGUUGAAGCUCAAUGGUGGUUUGGGGACGACGAUGGGUUGUACUGGUCCCAAGUCUGUCAUCGAAGUUCGUAAUGGGUUGACUUUUCUUGACUUAAUUGUCAUUCAAAUUGAGUCACUUAAUUCCAAAUAUGGGUGCAAUGUUCCCCUGCUUCUAAUGAACUCAUUCAACACACAUGAUGAUACACUUAAGAUUGUUGAGAAAUACUCAAAGUCAAAUGUUGAAAUUCAUACUUUUAAUCAGAGCCAAUAUCCUCGGUUGGUUGUUGAAGAUUUUAUGCCACUUCCAUGCAAAGGACAAUCUGGCAAGGAUGGAUGGUAUCCUCCUGGUCAUGGCGAUGUCUUUUCCUCCUUGAUGAACAGUGGCAAGCUUGAUGCAUUAUUGGCAAAGGGUAAGGAGUAUGUCUUCAUCGCCAACUCAGAUAACUUGGGAGCUGUUGUUGACCUAAAAAUCUUAAAUCAUUUGAUCGAGAACAAAAAUGAAUACUGUAUGGAGGUGACCCCUAAAACCUUAGCAGAUGUCAAAGGCGGUACCCUUAUUUCCUAUGAAGGGAGGGUUCAGCUCCUGGAAAUCGCACAAGUUCCUGAUGAGCAUGUCAGUGAGUUCAAGUCUAUUGAAAAGUUCAAGAUUUUCAACACAAACAACUUGUGGGUGAAUUUGAAGGCCAUCAAAAGGCUUGUGGAAGUUGAUGCAGUAAAAAUGGAGAUAAUUCCAAACCCUAAGGAAGUUGAUGGUGUCAAAGUUCUUCAGCUGGAAACUGCAGCUGGUGCAGCAAUUCGGUUCUUUGAUCAUGCUAUUGGAAUCAAUGUUCCCCGAUCUCGAUUCCUUCCAGUGAAGGCAACAUCUGAUUUGCUUCUUGUCCAGUCUGAUCUCUAUACCUUAUCUGAUGGCUUUGUUACCCGUAACAAAGCUAGAAGCAAUCCUUCAAAUCCCACUAUUGAAUUGGGGCCAGAGUUCAAGAAGGUUGGCAACUUCCUAAGUCGCUUCAAGGCCAUCCCUAGCAUCAUUGAGCUUGAUAGCUUGAAGGUGACUGGUGAUGUCUGGUUUGGUGCCGGUAUAACACUUAAGGGGAAUGUGACUGUUGCUGCAAGUUCUGGAGAGCAACUGGAAAUUCCUGAUGGAGUCGUACUUGAGAACAAGGUUAUCAAUGGUCCUGAGGACAUCUGAGGUGAAUAGCUUCUUAUCUUUGUUGAGUGUACCUAUCUUGAAUCAUGAAGACUGUAAGGGAUGUUUUUUUUUUCUACCUUCUAAGGACAAGUUGCGUAGGAUUGAGGACCGAUGAUAUUUUUUUUUGUUGUAGUAGUUCAUGGUUGCAAGGGUUUGGGUCUUAUAAUCCCUUUCAGAAUGCCUCUACAUUAUUCUACAUCAUGUGGGUGUGGCAUGAAUGAUUCAUUUGGA